AAUAAAGCCGGCAACGCCUCAUGGUGUAUAAAUAGGGGGACUGGGGAGCCUAUGUGAAUGUGAGCUGUGGCAUCAACCUCUGCAAAGACUCUGUGCUUCUCCUUCAGUUUAGCAUCUAGGCACUAAUCUGUGACGAUGGAAUCUUACACUGCUGGAGCCAAAUUUGAUUGCUUGCUGUUUGACAUUGACGACACUCUCUAUCCACUGAGCUUAGGACUCAACCAAGCCUGCCGUGACAACAUACAGGACUACAUGCUGAACAAGCUGCAUAUUGAAGAGGGCCAGGUUCCAAAAAUGUGCCUCGAUUUGUACAAGGAGCAUGGAACCACAAUGGCUGGUCUCAAGGUUUCGGGCUAUGAUUUCGACUACGAUGACUUCCACGCUUGCGUUCAUGGAAGGCUGCCGUAUGAGAAGCUGAAACCCGAUCCUGUGCUAAGGCAGUUGCUGAUCUCUCUGCCACAGAGGAAGAUCAUUUUCACCAACUCUGACAAAACCCAUGUGGCUACGGUCCUGAAGAAGCUCGGGCUUGAGGGGUGCUUCGAUGCCAUCAUCUGCUUCGAGACCCUGAACCCUCCAACCGAACAAGACGACAUCGACAGUGGUCGCAGAGGAAUCCUGUGCAAGCCGUCCGUGGAGUCCAUGGAAGCUGUCAUAGAGAUCGCCAAGCUCGAUGCCAAGAGAACGGUGUUCUUCGACGACAGUGCGCGCAACAUCGCCGCAGGGAAGGCGGCCGGCUUCCACACCGUCGUCGUGGGGAGGUCGUCGCUGGUGCCGGGCGCGGACGUGGCGCUGGAGAGCAUCCACAACAUCAGGGAGGCGCUGCCGGAGCUGUGGGUGGAGGCCGACGGCGAGCACGUAGGCGCGGUGCUCCGUGCCGCCGCCGUGGAGACCACGGUGCUCGCAUGAACGCGUCGCCCCCCCCCCCCCCCCCCCCCCCCCCGGGGCUUCUGGUUCUGGGGCGCGCGCUUCCUCGCUGCCGCCGAGUGAACCUGUCCGUUGUAUUUGUGGACAGUGUCGCCUCGCCUAGUCGCCUGCUGCCAGUCAAAGAGCAGAGAAUAACGGUGUGCGUAGGUGUAGCGGGUCUGCUUGUGAAGUUGUGAUCCAUCGAGGUUGGCCAUGAUGUGUGUCUGAAACUCUGAAUCAAUAAAGAUUAAUCCGUCGUGAAA